AAUCCGCGAAAAAUGGUUUUAAGACAAAUAAAUCUAAUAAUUGAGAUAGACGACGGAAUAAUUCAAGACUACAAUGUCAUCAAUAUCAACGACGUUCGUUUAAAAGACCCGGAAGUUCAGCGGAUCUGCACUGACAAGAAAAUCUCCAAAUGUCCUCAUUGCUUGAACGAUUCGGAAAUUAUUUUGUAUCUCACCGGAAUCUCAGGCUCAGUUGACUACUUGGAGGAACACGAUGAAAUUAAAUUGGAAGAAGAAGCGCAAAUGCUCUGGAAAACGAGUGACGAGGAAAUCGCGAUGGCUGAACCGAAAAAUUGAGGAAAUUUCAAGAAAUUCAGCAAAAAAUCCUUCACGAGAGCAAAAAUAUCAAGAAGCCCUGAUACGAGGAGAUCAUUGCUGCUGUUUGUGUGAUAAAAAAUUCAAAAAUAGUGCUGCUUUGAUAGCACACAAGAAAACCUGUACAGGUCUUGAUAUCCGAUGCGAACUCUGUGGGGAUCAAUUUGAGAGUCGAAAAAAACUUUCGAAGCAUUUUAACGUCGCUCACAACAAAAUGAACCACGUUUGUUUCGUUUGUGGCUCGGCUUUCAAGCAAAAAUGGCUUUUGGAGGAACACAUUGCGAGGCAUUCAGAUGCUCGUCCUUUCAAAUGUGACAUCUGCAAAAGUGCAUUUAGCAGCAAAGAAACCCUCAAAAUUCACAUUCACUCGAAGCAUCUUCCGAAUUUCGUGGGUCACAAAUGCACAAUGUGCGACAAAUCGUAUGCCACGAACUCGAAAUUGAAGCGACACAUGAAAUCGCGACAUCAUGUUGAUGGGACGUUCAUUUGCGGAAGCUGUUCGGUUGCUUUUGGCACGGAAGGAGCGUUAGAUAAGCACAUGAGGAACAUGCACACGCCAAUGGAUCAAAAGACGCGGUAUAAAUGCUCGUUUUGCAUGCACACGAGCACGAGUCAGUCGCGAAUUCAGGAACACGAAUUGGGGCACAGCGACGAGAGUAAGUGGCCUUUUAGUUGUGUGACGUGCGGAAAGCGAUUUGUGCAGAAACACAGCUUGGAAAGGCAUCAGACGAUUCAUUUGGGAAUAAAACCGUUUUCGUGUGAAAGUUGUGGGCAAAGUUUUCGUCUGAGUUAUCAAUUAAAGGCACAUUUACAAACGCAUCAAACGGAUUCGAAGCCAUUUCAGUGCAUGUAUUGCAGUAAAAGUUACCGAGAUAAAACGUCUUUUAACAAACACGUGGAGAGUCAUUAUGUGAAAAAUGAAGAAGAAAGCGAAAAUGUACAAAAAUUAUAAAAAAAAAA